UUUCGUUCUCUCUCUGUUAAUCCCUUCAUUUCCCUAAGUAUCUCCUGAUUUCUGGACGGAUUGUUGAUUCGAUUUGAAGAUCUGCUUCGAAUCCGGACUUGGGGUUUUGAGAAAACCCCAUGAAAGAUCCAAAUCCGAGCACAGAGCCCAUUGGGCAGCAUCUGAUUAAGGUGAUAAGUAAUCUCUGUUUCUCUGUUUUUGUGUUUUCAGUUCUUAUUAUCACCGUCAUUGCCAUCACUUACAAGCCCCCGGAUCCAUGGCUUGAAUCUACUCCUGCUCUUACCAAAUUCUUCACUGCCUCGGAGAAUGCCACUUUUAAGAACGAUGAAUCUGUUGUCAAAACUGGGGAGGAUUUGGUGUCUGUUCUUCCCCCUACACUGCCGCCUGCUCGUGGGGAUCAGAUCACUGAAGCGGUGAUUGAGAAAUCUGAGGAGGUAAUUGCUAAUUCUACCCCUAAAUUGAAUUGUGAUGAAUUCCGGGCUGUAAAUUGUUCCGACCCGCGUAUUUUGAUUGCGGUAGAAAGGUUUAAUUUGAAGGCGUUUAAGUCUAUUGCGUUCCUUGAGUAUCAAACUCCAGUUAAUGGAUCUAAGGAAUUUGAAUGUGAUGUUUCGUGGAGAUUUAGGAACAAGAAAGAGAAGUCAUGGAGGAAGUACAGGGAUUUCCGGAGGUUUAAAUUUGAUUUUGGGGAGGAUUGUCAUUAUAAGGUAGUUCAUGCUGGUGGUUGGCAUUCAGGUAUAAAUGCUCGACGACCGAGAAGUGCCACUAACUAUCGUACUAGGGGUGGUGGAAGUGGGAGAGUUGCUCCACCAGUAUGGGAUGAGGAGAUCAACGACACGAUCCCGACUUUGGGAUCGGAGACAAAUUUUAGGAAGGGGAAGUACUUAUACUAUUCACGUGGUGGAGACUAUUGUAAAGGAAUGAACCAAUAUUUAUGGAGUUUCUUGUGUGGUUUGGGAGAGGCAAUGUAUUUGAACAGGACGUUUGUGAUGGAUUUGAGUGUGUGUCUGGCGGGUAGUUAUAAUCCGAGCAACAAAGAUGAAGAGGGGAAAGAUUUUCGUUUCUACUUCGAUUUUGAGCAUCUUAAAGAGAUUGCAUCUAUCGUCGAGGAGGGUGAAUUUCUGAGAGAUUGGAAGAAAUGGGAUAGAGGCCACAAGAGGAAGAUACCCGUUAGGAAGGUUGUGAGCCAUAGAGUGACACCAAUGCAGCUAAAGAAAGAUAAAAAUGCUAUCAUAUGGAGGCAAUUCGACGCUCCUGAACCCGAGAAUUAUUGGUACAGAGUAUGCGAGGGGCAAGCUGCCAAGUACAUUCAGCGGCCAUGGCAUGCUGUAUGGAAAUCGAAAAGAUUGAUGAACAUUGUGACAGAAAUCAGUGGACGUAUGGACUGGGAUUUCGAUGCAGUUCAUGUCGUUCGAGGAGAGAAAGCACAAAACAAAGAGCUUUGGCCUCAUUUGGAUUCGGAUACAUCACCUGAUGCUAUCCUUGAAAAGUUGAAAGGGAUGAUUCAGCCUUGGAGAAAUCUGUAUAUAGCCACUAAUGAACCAUUCUAUAACUACUUCGACAAACUGCGAUCUCACUUUAAAGUCCAUUUGCUCGACGAUUACAAGGAAUUAUGGGGAAAUACAAGCGAGUGGUACAAUGAAACGACACUUUUAAACAACGGUAGACCAGUCGAGUUUGAUGGGUACAUGAGAGUUGCCGUGGAUACCGAAGUGUUCUAUCGGGGGAAGACCCGUGUUGAAACGUUCUUUAAUUUGACCAAAGACUGCAAGGACGGAAUCAAUACAUGCUGAUCGCGGCGAGGACUGCAUUACUCAUAGGUGAAUCAUUUGGAAGUUCCAUUGAGGGGUGAAUGUUGUUUAUGAUGGCUUGGAAACUUGGGUUUGAAUUAUGAGAAUGAGGGUGGUUGUAAUAGAAUUAAUUGUUGUUAUCCUUUUCUUGUUUUUGGUUAGUACUCAAACAUCAACACUGUCAUAGAAUUGACUAGCUACCAAACAUAUUUGGGACUUCUCACCAGAAAUUUAUUUUACGUUCCGAGAUCGGCAAGAACUCGAAGGUUUGAAUCUCUACAUGUUUGAACUUAAAUGAAAAACAAUCCUUGGUCUA